AUGGCGACCACAGCGAGCGAGUCGUCUCCCUUACUGCCCCAGCAUACUUCCCCCAGCGAGUCGCCAUCCCGUCCCGCUCUACGCAAUCAACGGACUGUCACAUUCAACCCUUUAACGUCUGUUAGUACCCAGUCCGGAGCCACCUCCUCCGCCGCUCUCCGACCCAUCUCAAGUCCUUCGGCGGCCUUGACCGGUUCCAACCCAGCAGUUCGAGAUCAGCCGCCUAUGCUAAGUGCUUUCAACUCGAAACUGCGCAGAAGAAAUAGCCACGGAGCCCCGCUACCGACCACGCAGCCGUUCACUCCGGCUCCAAGAGCGGGUGCCCAAAGGACUACCAAAACCACGGAGAAGCUAAAGAUACUUCCAAAUCCGGACAUCGGUGACGAAGAACGAGAUGAGGAGAGUGGCAGAGAUGUAUAUUCACAGUUCACCCGGAUCAAAGACCCUACGGCCAGGAGGGAUGCUGCAAGGCUGGGGAAGGCGGAUAGGGAUCGAUUACCUCGAGUCACUGCGUACUGCAUGGCACAGGGAUACCGACUUGAGGGGAUUAUGAAAUUCAUGAAAUCGAGGUCCAGGACUAGAGGUGCCAACCCCAAGUUGUUCGACGAGUGUCUCUAUAGCCCCUACGACUACGACUAUGUGAAGAAGAACAAAGGAGGAGACAGGAGUUCAAGUCCAGUCGAGGAGAGGAUCGCGAGAGUCAUGGCUUCUCCGCGAAUAAGUCCCAGGGAGAGACGGUUCUCGGACAGCGCCGUAGAGGUGGAAGAUAACAACAAAAUCAGAAGAGACCAACUCAUCGACCUACAGGAGGAACUGGGUACGCAGACAGGUAUUUCUGCAACAGCAGAAGAUACGACGACAGAUCUGACCGCCAUUUCGAGCCACCUUUCCACCGACCUCCAGUCUGAAAGUGAUGCGAUGCGCCCAAGGGCGGACUCGGAAUUUUCCACCACUGUCCACAUACCCGAGAUCUUUAUCUUUGACUAUGGCACUGUCGUCAUUUGGGGCAUGACGGUACAACAAGAGCAGAGAUUUCUCCAUGAUAUGUCCAAGUUCAGUGAUGCUCCGUUGCCUACCGAAUCUGUUCAAACCGAGAACUUCAAUUUCUAUUACACGAAGGAAUACCAAGCACGGAUUUAUAACGACUUCAUCUCCCUACGAGAGCCACGAAACCAUAUGAUCAAGCUGGCCAUUUCACACGCGCUGUCCCAAUCCGUCAAGACGAGUCUGUUCGAGGAUCUUGUCAGCGAGACCAUCGAAACGACCGCACCGCUACCAGCACUUAUCGCCCAGACCGGCAGUGUCAACUUGACCAGACGCCAAUUGAACAUGCAAAUCGGGGAACUAUUUAUCUUACGGAUAAACAUCCACUUGCAAGGCUCCGUGCUGGAUUCUCCUGAGUUGAUGUGGUCGGAACCUCAUUUGGAACCCGUGUAUGCGGCCGUGAGGAGUUACCUGGAAAUUGAACAGCGCGUUGGGUUGUUGACAGAGCGUCUGGAUGUUAUUGCUGAUCUACUUGCGGUCCUGAGAGAACAAGGCAGCAGGCGACAUGGAGAAGUGCUGGAGUGGAUUGUUAUCAUUCUCAUCGCUGCGGAAAUCUUGGUCGCAGCUAUCAACAUCGUCGUCGAUCUCUACGCUGGCAUCGAUUGA